ACAUUCCUACGGUGCGGUGGUUGAAGAAUCAGUCAACUCUACGGUUAUUACCAGCGAGAUCAAGAGUUCAGUUCGAGACUCGAAAGUGUUUUAUUGCCAAGUGUCAAAAAAAUAUACGAACCAAACAAAAAAGAGAAUCUAUCAAAGUGUGCAAUAAUUAAACUUAACGAAAGCAUGUCGUAUAGCAUGUCCUGCAGCUAAAGAUCUUUUCUAUAUACAAAGAAGUAGAAAAUCAUUGCCAAAUCCAAAAAAAAUAAAGUGUUUUAUUCAGUAUAUCUUUGGAAUAUACUAGAAUCUCAAUAUCCAACGACUAUACACUCACACACAGAGAUUUAGUGUCUAGCAAAAAUGACGAUGAACUACAGCAACAGCAGCUCCGGCAUGGAUAUGGUUGUCGAGAUAGCGAAUAUUGCAUUGGAUGAGUUCAAGACUCAUCAUAUUACGCGCAACUACACAGGCCUGGUACAGCGCUAUUACCAGCUGGUGGAGGAAGAUUAUGGUGAUCCGCGUGCGAAACGUUUUCCCACAAUGGAACAUCCGCUAUUUACUUUUGGAAUGGUUGCCAUCUAUUUAUCCUGGGUCCUGGUAUUGGGUCCGCUCUUUAUGCGCGAUCGCAAACCAUUUCAACUGCGUCGCACUCUGGUUAUCUAUAAUGCCUUCCAAGUUCUGCUCAGUGGCUAUAUGUUUUAUGAGCACUUAAUGGCUGGCUGGUUAAACUACUAUAAUAUCAAGUGUCAACCGGUGGACUAUUCAGAUGGACCCAUGUCUAAGAGGAUGCUCAAUUUGUGCUAUAUCUACUAUUUGUCGAAACUCACUGAAUUUGCCGACACGGUGUUCUUUGUGCUACGUAAAAAGUCAACACAAAUCACAUGGCUGCAUGUCUAUCAUCAUUCGGUGACUCCACUGGAGACCUGGGUUCUGGUCAAGUUCUUGGCUGGUGGUAAUGCCACAUUCCCAAAUCUGCUCAAUAACUUUGUCCAUGUUUGCAUGUACUUCUAUUAUAUGAUGGCUGCCAUGGGUCCCGAAUAUGCCAAAUUCUUGUGGUGGAAGAAAUAUAUGACUGAAUUGCAAAUUGCCCAGUUUGUGCUUUGCAUUGUGCAUACUACACGUGCCCUCUUCAGCAAUCAGUGCCAAUUCUCGAAGUUCAUUUCGGCCCUCUUACUCUUGAAUGCCUCCAUUUUCUUCUGCCUGUUCAUGAACUUCUAUAUGCAGAGCUACAAGAAGUCCAAGGCAUUGCAGGAGAACAAAACAGUGGCCAACACGCCCACCAAGGCUGAUAGCAACAACAACACUGCCACGGAAACAUUGCCACUGAAACUCAAGGCCAACUGAUGGGAGACAGAGAAAUGACUAGACAUAAAUGCUUCCAAAGGAUUGCUCAAAAUUGGGAAACAAAUUAACAGUAUAAAGAACAAAUUUUUUGAAAAAUUUUGGUGUUGGGCAGCAGAAUGACACAGAUUGGAAGUGCAUAGUUUUUGGUACAAAGGUUUUACAUACUUUAUACGAAAUAAGCUAAGCUUAAGAGCCAUAAACAUAAAUACAGAAAGACACAAGCAAACACAUACACACACACAGAUAGAAAAAAAAACACACGUACACAGAUAGUUAGACAGAUAGACAAACAAAUGCAGAGGAAGUCAAGCUUUGACGGGGUCAAACGGGGCGUAUGCGCAAUUGAUUUUUAUUCUUUAAGUUUCCAGCCUCUUGUUAGCUUUGCUUGAUUGCUUUGCUUGUCAAUUGAAGGUAAAUGAUUUUCUGUCAUUGUACAAUAUGUAUGUACUAUAAUAUGCAAUUGUAAGUACAAUAAUAUGUACUUACAAUUAACUGUAAACUGUAUAAAAUAAAACUGGGUCAAUUUUUAAGAUCUGCCUAAAACGUAAGUCACACUUAAUUCUAGAACCUCAGAACACAAAGCGCGUUUAGUUGUUUAGUUGAAAUUUUUGUUAGUUUUUAAGUGAUAAUUGUAAAAAAAAAAUUUUUUGUAAAUAGAUUUCUUGUCGUUAUGUUAAAUAUUUGUACACCAAUAAGUCCUUAGCUUAAGCCAACUAGUCUUAGUUACAAAAAAUUCGAAUGAACAAACAGAGAACAAAGCACAAUAAUAGUUAAUGUUAAGAUAAAUAAAAUGAAAGAAA